AUGUCCAAACUGCGCCUCUCUUCGACCCUCUCGAAACGGGUCCCUCGCACACGACCCCUUUCUCUCCAUCGUCACGCCUUCAAGCCAUCGCUCGGAGACGAACUCGACGCCGGGAAUGGUCCGAGUCGUUUGCUGGACGGCAAGGAGCGGAUCAAGCCCGAUCAACUCAUUCUGCCCGUUCUACGGGAGGGCUUUGACAGUGGUAACAAGCGCAAGAACCAAAAAGACCGGACCUUCUUGGGCGUCCGCAUCCCUACCAAACCUGAACCGCCAGGACCGGAAGGUACGCGUGAUUCACGACCGCGUCCACUCUCCGAGUAGAUGCCCAAGCUCACUCCACGCUUGAUGACUCUUUGCAACUCCGUUGAUGCUACUCGUUGGAUCGGGUCACAGAUUGCUGUCAAUCGGGAUGUGCGAUCUGCGUCUAUGAUAGCUACCUCUCCUCGAUCGAGGAAUAUCACGAUGCCUUGUCCUCGACGCUCGAGGAGCUCAGGAACAAGAUUCAGCAACAAUCCCUCCGAGUUGAGGCAAAGGACUGGCCAGCUGAACUAGGACCCUUCGACGCGUUCGUCAAGCGUGGAGCAUCGCAAACGGUCCAAGGGGCCAAGGAAAGAGCCGAGGACGAGUUGAAGAGGGUCAAGAGCUCGUUGGACCCUUCGUUGAGGUUCGUGCUUGGAGAAAGCAAGUUUGGGGUGGGGAAUGCGGGUAGGCUGACCCAUUCUUUUCGUGGUGAACAGGGCUUUUCUGGAGAUGGAAGCUCGACUCAAGGCCAAGCAGAACGCCGAAGCAUGA